CGCACGGGGCGGUCGACGUUAUCCAAAUUUGCGCGGGUUGCUGUUAUGGGAAGUUGUCAUCGGUCUGUUGUCAGCUCCAAGAAUACGAGAUAAAUCGGUAAACUUUCAAAGUAUUCGACUAUAAUGUUAGCUCGUUUAGACUAUUUAUGCUCUCUUUCAUGAGAUAUCACCGUAAUACUCUAUGUAUGAUUUUCGUUCCCUAGUAUUACUGUUGAAAGUGACCGACAAACGGGGCUGCCAUAUUUGUUUUGGUCUUGUUUGAGCGGUUUGGUUCAGAUUUUUUGGUUAGAGAAAAGGACUUGUCGCUUAAAGCUGCUGUAUUUUGCACCGCAGGUUUGCUGGGGAUCUUCAAUCGUCAACAUGUCAAAGCGAGAGGCGUUUUUAAAUGCCACCUGUCAGGAAAAUGUCGAGGACUUCCUUCGCUAUAUCCAACUCCAUGUAAGUGUAGUCGUGAACCGCAACCAGGAGUCAUCUCACACAGCUGGAAAAUUACAUGUCUUAUGUUGCUUCUCCGUAUAUUGCUCUGCAGAGGGAUAAAACAGAGCCUUUCGAUGUAGAAGAAGUGAUGCAGGAGAUGCCCCAGAAUCAGAGACAGACUCUGUGGGAGAAACUGGCUUCACUUUUGGAGGACGUGCUGCAGCGGUUACCUCCAGAGCAGUGGGAGAAGCCCAGAGAGGAGGGCAUGGAAGUGGAGUCAGCUACUGACCCUGUAAGAUGUCUCAGAAGCUUUUAAGACAUUAUCAUUUCUUAUUCUGUUACUUCAAGACUCUUACAAUCAUACAGGACUUGUUUCAUCACCUGGAAUUGUUCCCUGCUUUUAUUUGCUUUUCUUAGAAACAUGUUAUUGCUGUUGUGGAUGGUGUGACACUGGUGGCUUCAGCAUCCUUAAAGGUCCUACAGGACGGUGACAGCUACAGCGCUCUCCUGAGAACUGCAGACAUGCUCCAUGGUUGGUGUCUUAACUGAUUUCCUAUCUGUUAAGUUGAUGUUUCUUCAGAAUCAGAAAAAUUGUCAGAAUCAGAAAUACUUUAAUAAUGCCCAGGGGGAAAUUGCUUUUGUCACAGUACUCCAGUGUAAAUACAGUAAAAGAGGGGAUAAAUAAUAGAUAAAAUAAAAAAUAAAAUAGAUAAGAUACUAUAAGUAAAAAUAUAGAGAUAAAUGAUAAAAUAAGUAAAAAUAUAGAGAUAAUAUGCAAGUAUACAACAGCAGAGACUGUUGAUAUUUUUAAGAAGAGGCUCAAGACUCACUUUUUUUAACCAGACUUUUUACUAAUUGCCAUUUCAGAUUUCUCUUAUUGCAAAUGUUCAUUUUAAUCAAAGUUCUUAAUGUUUAUCUUAUGUCAUUCUAUUUAUUAUCUCUGUUCUUAGUCUUUUUCUUAAUUUCCCAUCACAAGUGUUUACUUCUUUUACCCCUUUUACUUAUUUGUUCAUUUAAUAUUAUUAUUUUCUUAUUUUAGUCCAUCAGGUUUUACUCUCUUAACCAUUUUUAUCUUUAUUUUUAUCUCCAGUGUUUCCCAGAGGUAGCUCUUUCCUCAUGUAAUGUCUCGGUGUCAGGCCAUGUCUCUUUAACAAUAUAUCUUAAAUUCUUACACUGUGUGCAGUUGUGUGUGUGUGUGUGUGUGUGUGUGUGUGUGUGUGUGUGUGUGUGUGUGUGUGUGUGUGUGUGUGUGUGUGUGUGUGUGUGUGUGUGUGUGUGUGUGUGUGUGUGUGUGUGGGUGGGUGGGUGAGUGAGUGAGAGUGGGUGUGUGUCUUUGUGUGUGUGUGUGGGUCCAAGGGUGUGUGUGUGGGUGGAAGGGUUUGGUUUUUGUCAUUAUUGUUGUUUUUAGCCUCUGAGGCACUUUGAAUUGAUUUUCUUUUGUAUGAAAAGUGCCAUAUGAAUAAAGUUGAAUUUGAAGUAUUUACACUAUCACAACACAAAUAGUGGCAUUGUAUGUGCGUAAAACAUUGUCAUUUGUUUAUGCCUCUCCCUCAGCUGUCCUGGAGUCGCUGCCUGUCUCACAGGAAACCCUGCAGCUCCACAUCCGCGCUCUGUGUGAGGCCUGGUGGAAGAAAGGCCUGAAGGAGAAGGAAAAGUUUGGCCGCACUGCUUUCCUCAUCUCCCUUCAGAAGAGCUUCAUUUUGAAGAAACCCGUCAGUGAUAGGAUUUUGAGAUAAAUAAACUUGAAGCUUUUGUUGUUGUUGUUGUUGUUGUGAUCACAAGUAUUGAUUUUAAUGAUUCAUCUUUGUUGUCAGGGUUCUGAAAUCCUAAGAGUUUGGAAUCUGCAUGACGUGCUCCUGAGUCUGGACUACAACUCAGAAGACAACAGGCAGAUAAUCGACUUGUUGCUUCAGUGCUUUCACAGACCGACUUAUAUCAGGAACGAUGAUGUGAGUAGAGGGAUAUGUAAUCAUCACCUCCUUCUUAUUGUAAUAGCUUUGUCAUUUGCUGCCAGCCUCAUAAUUAUUAUAAAUAAUAUUUAUGUUGUGUAUUUCCUCCAAAGAUGCAACUCCGAAGUGUUUAACAAAACAACACCAGAAACCCUGCUGUAAUAAAAAGGAAUUAAGACAUUCGAUCGUGGAGAAGAAGUAAUCAACCAACAAAAUUAAGCGUGUUUGUUAGGGAGGCCAUAUCAUUGUUUAGGGUAUUAAUAAAUUAAAAGCUGCCUUAGCUGAUUUAUUGUGUUACACUUGGGAAACUUCUAAAAGAAAGACAGUGAAAGAAAAUCUGAGAGUUUGAAAUAAGAUUAAAAAAUGAAGAAAUUUAGUGAUGUAUGACUCAGCUAAGUUAUGUGUGGGCUUGUGGAUAUGUAAAAGCAUUUUAAAUUCUCUUCUAAAAGAAAAGAGAUAAAGUAGGAGAGGAGUGUAAGGCUUUUUUGUGUUAAUACCAGACUGUUGCACUUACUGUGUGUAUUUCUUGUCUCAGGGAAAGCGGUUCCUAGUGUUUCUUUUUAGCUGGAACGUCGACUUCAUCUGCGUGAUCCACGGCACCAUCAAAAACCAGCUGGAAUUCUACAGCAAGUGAGACACUACCUUUUACUGUGAAAGUCAUUACAGUAUUUUUGUAUCUUUAUGUAAUUUACAACAUUUGCUUUUUUCAGAACCAUAACCACUCACAUCACAGAGAUCUACUUCAGAGCGUGGAAAAAGGCCAGUGGGGACUUCAUGGAGCAGAUUGAGAUCUCGUGCAUUCAAGAUUUAAUGCAGAAUGCCAUCUUCCUUCAUAGAUCAUCUCCUGUAUUUACCAAAGUUCGAAAGGUGGGCUCGUUUACAGGCCUGUUUUAAACUGUUUCUUGUCAAGUUGUUGACAGUGCAUGCCUUUAGAUUAUAUCCCCACAGUCCAAAACAAACAUAAAAACUGACUCCACAAUCCUCUUUCUAUGAAAAAUUGGCAAAAAAUGGUUAUUUCCAUCGAAACAAACAACAGGGGUCUAAUUAAGAGAUUAUUGAUAUGAAAGCUGAAUGUAAUUUUUCAUCAAUCCAGAUAUCUAGAUGUACUUUGUGACUUUGUCAACAGGAAUUACACUAUGUUGUGACUUAGUGACCACGUUGACAUAAUUUUACUCUCUUACUUUUGCUCUGGAGCGAAUCACCAGCUUUGUUUUGGUGAUUAAGAUUGAUACUAAGGUCAUAUGAAGUGUCUUACAGGUUGUUACAGGAACAUACUUUUUUUUUUUUUUACUGCAAUAAAAGCUGUGUCAGUAUGUGUUAUCUGUGUAACAGAUAGACCGUGUAGAAACAAUACUGUUUAUAUAAAUAGCAAAUAAAACUGGACCUAAAACGGUGCCUUGUGGAACACCCUUUUUGUCUGUUAGCCACCUAGUUUAACCGACUGUUGCCUCUCUGAAAAAUAAGCUCCUAGACCGAUUCCAUGAAUUGACAUAAGUUUUGUUGGUCUGCAGUUGUUAAGAUUAUGUGAGGGUAUCUCGUGAGCCAUUUUCCAAACUUUAGGGACAGUAUCUGAUGGAAUGGAAAGAUUCCGGAUAUGUAUUCGUUGUGAUCUGAGAUAUUUGAGGUAACGUGUGUUCAUUCUUGAAACUUCCUUUUCAGAUUGUGAGUUACUUCAACACAAAGGGGGGCUGUCACAAGGUGGACAAGAUGCUCUAUACCCUCUACAAGCCCAUCCUCUGGAAAGCUCUGAGUGUAUGAAAACCGCAUUCUUACUGUCUUUACUGGAGUGUUUAAGUAUCUGUCUCUACUCUGAUGUAUUUUGUUUGAUCUCUUCAGGCUCCAAACUUUGAAGUGCGUGCAAAUGCCACUCUGCUUUUCACUGAGGCAUUCCCAGUCCACAACCCCGAGCAGGACAGCAAGAACAUAGAGGAGACCAUUCAGAAGCAGCUGGACACAUUAAUGGUGAGAGCCUUUUGAAAACAUUCAGCUAUGUUUUCUUUGUUACAUUUUAAACCAAACUGACUUUAAAUUACUUUCAGAGCAAAAUUACUACCACCUGUCUGCUCUCCUCAGGGCCUGCUGGAUGACCCUCACCCCACUGUACGCUCCAACGCCACCCUCGGAGUGUGUAAGAUCCUGGCUAAAUGCUGGGAGCUCCUCCCUCCUGUAAUCAUCACAGACUUCCUGAAGAAACUGGUGCUUGAGCUUGCAGCUGACACUAGCUCUGCUGAUGUCCGCUGCUCUGUCUUUAAGGUAGGAAAACCUCUAAGCUCUCAGCUGUACAAACUUGCAGCGUUAUUAUCAAACCACAUGAAAAAUUACAGAACAUAAACACUCUUUUCAAAGGUUUUGGAGAGCCAGAUUAAAGGCAGUUUUGCUCUUGCUGACAGAGUUGGCCUGAAAAUCUUCCCUAAUGGCUGUGGACAGAAUCUAAAAGGACUUGUGGUUUGUGGUUUUUGUGUGAUAUUUCCCCAGUGUCUGACUAUUGUCUUGGACAACGCCUUCAGCCAUCCAUUACUGGAGAAACUUCUGCCCUCUCUCAAGUACAGCCUCCAUGACAACUCAGAAAAAGUCCGCACGACUUUCCUUGACAUGCUUAUUAAGGUGAAAGCUGUGCGUGCAGCCAAGGUACAGUCUGUGAAGAGUUUCUUUUUGCUUCUUUCAAAAUCACUCGGCCCCUACCUUUAUUGAUUUUCUCUUGUGUGCCUGUCAUAACAGUUCUGAAACUCGUCUUUCUUUGCUUAUUUCUAAUAUUGACUAAGACAAUUUAAGCCACUGACAACAAUCCACUUACAGCGUACCAGUUAACUUGAUGUGUAAAAGGUGUUCUUUUCUUCGCUCUUCAGUUUUGGGAUGUGUGUAACAUGGACCAUCUGCUGGCUCGCCUCGCUGUCGACUCCCAUUCAGUUUCCAAACGCAUCGUGGACCUGCUCUUCAAGUCUUUCUUCCCUGUCAACGAGCCAGAGCGGGAGUGGUACUGUCGCUGCAUCACCCUCAUCCAGAUGAACCCCAUGGCUGCCAGGAAGUUUUACCAGUACGCCCACAAACACACAGCCCCCACCAACAUCAGUAAGUGCUGCGUCUACAAGCCCGAAAUGAAACACAGUCUGGCAGUUGUUGCAGCUUAAAGUUUGAAUGAUCGCUGUGUGUGUUCCUCAACAGUAAAGCUGAUGUUGGCCAUCCGUCGUGUUCUGAACAGCUGCAUCCAGAGCGACAAUGACCAGUCUGAGAUCAACGAGAGCAACAAAGAGAACAGCAUAGUAAGAUAGAAAAGCAGAAGUAGAGUACAAAACACUGUGAAAUCACCAAUGCAAGUCUGUGCAAAUCAGUUUAAAGUGUCCUGCAGGAUCUACUUUUUCUAAUAUUGCACCGGCUGCGUGCAGUCUCAGCGUGCAUGGGUAGUAAUCUGUGCUACAAGGUUUGUUUUAAUGUAGUAAAUGUGGAUUUAGUGACACAUUAGAUAUUGUCAUUUUGCACAUUGUCAGAUUAGCAGUCACCCUGAUGGUCUUUUGUUAAAAAUAACACGUUUUAGGGAAGUUGCUUUGGUUUAAGAAGCUUAACUUUCUCUUAAAAAUGGUAUAAUUUAGGAGUUGUAAGAACAAAUCCAUUAGUUUGGCAGCUAGCAAACAUGCAAAUUGAAUCAAGUGUCGGUCGUUAAAAAACUGUUUCACAUCUCAUUUUGUCUCUGAACCUCAAUGAGCUUUCAGUAAAUGUGUGCACACAUUCAUGAAGAUCCUAACUCCAGUUUCCUCUCAGCAGGCUGAACCUCUGUUGAGUAAAGACGUAGCUGUGGUGUCCCGUCUGCUGGAGAUUUUAGUCAUUCUGUGGAGAAGUGUGGAGAAGGCGCUGAAACUGAACAAAGAGGCCCAGAAGUACACGUUUGCCAAGUUUGGAAAUGUCAUGUCCAAAUAUUUUCAGUCCUUUGAGGUACUGUUUACCUGCAUGUGUUUGUAUUUUUACUUUGAGUUAAAUACUCUUGAUCAAUCUGUGUGACUUUGUUUUGCUUCACAGGAUGAACAGUGCACCGUUCCUCUUAUACAACUGGCCUCUUUAAUGCCUCCAGCUGCAGUUCCAACCUUCAGGUGUCUGAGGCUAAUCUGACUUAAAUACUCCUCUUUUGUUUUUCUGUUUGUCUGACCUGGUCUAACCUCUCUCUCCUCAUCCUGCACUCUUGUUCUCAGCUGUGGCGUCUUGUCCAGACUGCGGAGGAUGGACCCGGGAGCAGCACCUACGCAGUACAGCCAGUUGCUAGACUGCAUGUGCAGCUGGGGCCAGGCGGCUGACAUCCUCGAACUUAUUACCGACUGGCUCUCUGAGGCUCUGUCUAAACAAGAGGUCAGUCAACAUGCCAGAAAAACAGCAAUAACAGAAGUCUGCAGGGCUGAAAUGGCGUGUUGUUUGAUUUCUACAAGUUUUCCUCAAAACGUAAACUAUGUCCUCUGUUGCUCUUUGUAUAAGUCCUCUUUCUUUUUUAACUUCAGGACAAAGCAAACAGCAAUCGAAAGGUGCGUAUCCAGGAGACAGUGGAGGCCAAACCAGACAUGGCCUUGGCCUACUUGGAGUAUCUGUUCAGCCGCACAUCAACAAGGGAGAAAGUCCUUGCUCUCGGUGAGCAGCGUUUGAAGCAGCUCCACGCAGUUCUAGGAAACUGGAAGGUAUGUCAGACACAAUUGAUGUAAUUCAUUUCAAUAGACCUAAGUCUUUUUUUUUUUUUCUUUUUUUUUCACUCGUUUCUCUUCAGCAUUUUACAGACAGAACAGAUGAAGAAUAUUAUAUCUUUACUUUGGUGUUUGCCUCCACAGUCAGUGCUGUACAGCCACCUCAGCUCCACCACAAUCGAUCCUAAAAGUCCUGAUGUGGAGACCGCACUGAGAGUCUUCAUGUUCCACAGUCGUCUUGGUGCACAUUUGCAGCAUAAUGUGAGUUUCUAAUGUUUUCUCCAAAGAAAAAAAAAAACAUCAACAGAAUGCUUUUACCACAGGUUUGAACUGAUUGAGUCAUUUUCUAUAAAGGAUUAAGUGGAAAAAACACAUUUUUUAGUUUCAGUUCUCUGAAUGUUCUUUGAAAUUAUAAAACAAGAGCCACAGUUAUGCCUUUCAAAUUUAGAGAGACUAAACAAGACUUUUGUAUUUCCCACUCCUCUCAAGAUCACACUCACUUAUGUGGUGUUUUUUUUCCCUAUGUUCACAUUUUAAGCAAUAGAGAAAUUAUCACCAUUAUAGAGGAAAAUGUAGCAAAUUAAAGUCAUUUGCUUCUUUUCUAGUCACAAGAGGGUCGAGACUACCUGGUCUCUCUGGAGCACGUGGCAGCGUGGGUAGCUGAGAGGAUUCUGCCCUUCCUGGCUAAACCUAUCAGUACAGAUAAUGAUGACAAGGACUCGGAGAAACCACAGCCACUCGCCGCACAGAUAACUGAGGUGAGCUCUGCUAUGACUUACGUAAACAAACAGAUUUAAUUUCAUAUGUUCACGCACUUACUUUAGACUGGAGACAGUCCACUCAAGCUAUUGAGUCUGAAUAAAUAUGUACUCUAAGUGUUCAUAGAGCUUUGCCAAAGUGCAAUCAGUGAAGCUGAAAUGACUUGCUGAAUGUGCCAGGCUGCAGUAAGCAACAGCUUUUAAUUUAGGCAAAUGGGGGAAAUGUGUGUGGCCUCAUUAAGGGAGAUGGGACACUUUCCUCCACUGCAGCACAAACGUGUGUUUCAGGAACAUGAGGUGGAGGAUGAUUCUGGGCAGAAAAUGACCACAGGCAGCAGGAAUUGAACACACAGAGCUUUACAGACAUGCGAAUACUGAGAAGAGAUGGACUGAUUAACUGGUAGGCUGAUUAAUCUGACUGAUUAAUGGCACUUUUUAUCAGCAUUAGUCCUCACAAUAUUUGAUUUUAAUGUGAAUGAAAUAAGGAAUUUAGACAUGACAAUUUUGGCCUUGGAUUUUUAUUGCUAUUCAAUCAUUUAAGGUGGCUGGACUAACUUCCAAAAAUCCUUUGCCAUGAUAUUUAACUAAGCAACGUUUUUUUCAUGAUUAAAAAAUAUAUAUAUAUAUCCAUAAAUAUUUGAUGAGUUAAUAUUCUCUGGUUUGACUCAUGUCCCAUCUGUUAACAUGGAAGAGGCAGGCUCUGCAACCUUUGCAUCAGCCAUUGUCGUGGCUAAACCAUAGACUGUAUAUACUAUGGACAACUUGGUUCCGCCCACAGUUUACGGAUUUGAAGUUGAAAAGCAAUUUUUCUUCAUUUCCUGAAACCAAAAUUGCGCAGCAGCAUUGUACGCAUUUGGCAGGAGAGUUGUUGAGAGUCGCUGUGAUGACGCUCGGCUCAAACAGCGUAUCCCCUGGGUAAGCUACGCAAUAUUCGUACACCCAUAGGCUGUAUCAGGUGUCAGUCAAAGAAAACAUGAAUCCCCUUAUAACUUUUAAAAACAGAGCUGUACAGAAAAAAGAGGACCUGAGCACAAACCAGUCUUACAAUAACUACAUGUCAACAUCACAACCAAGGGGGAGAAAAAAUUAUAUUCUGUGUAAUAAAUUUCUAAAGUUUGUCCACAGCUCCAUAAGGAUGGCUGGAGGAGGUGGGAUUUAUGACCUAUACUGCAGCUCGUCACUAGAGGGUGCUGUUCUUAGAGUGGCUUCACCCUGCAAGAAGGCAGACGCUGUCCAUUCAAUAUCAGUCUAUGGGCUAAACUCAUAACUAUAGUUGUAAUUUCGGAGUUGAAGCGCCCUCUGCUGGACACUGACAUCAUAGAAUUUCAAAUUUUUAUCGGAGGCAAUAAUUCCUGUAUGAUAAUUUCAGGUUAUAAAGGUUUUUGUUUUAAAACGUGUUCAGAAAACAUACAUUUAGAUGCAGGUUUAUGUGACUCAGUGUUAAUACCACUGUAGUUGGGCUCACUUUGAGUGUUCUAUAAUUGUUUGAUCAUUAAAUCACAGAAGGUUGUUUUCCUUUUCUCAAAUUCACCCUUGAACUGUGUCGAACAGCGACGUGUGAUGGAUGCAAAAGACUAAGCUACAAAGAUGCUCUUUAACCUCAUGUUGAAAUGCAUCUCCUCAAAGAACUUUUCUUCACUCUGGUCAAUUAUGUGUAUCAUUAAGUCAGGCCAAGCAAGACAAUCCCUCUUCAGGGAAAUAACACCUCUUUGUUCAUAAAUUGCCAGUUUGUUUUUUUUGUUUUGCUCAUUUUCAUCAUUCAUCCUGAAACACAGCGUGUCCCGACCUCUGCAGGCGAGAAAAACACAGUUAGGUUAUUAUUCAGAACAUUAUGUUUUGUGGACUCUUUUUUUUUUUCCUCCUGCUUUGAGGACUUUUAGUUCUGCUCGGUAAAUUUAGACUCCUUAUACGUUGUUCUGCACACACACACGGUGUUCAUGUCUCUACCUGCUUGUACUGCCACUCUGAAGUAGGCUUAUUUUCUUUAUUGUUGCCAUUAUUUUGCAGCCUGUCACCAUAAACCUGCUUCUGUCAGACACAGAAAAUAACUCUGCAUGUGUUACAGAGUCCUCAGAGUUGGUGUAGUGGUAUGCAGCUUUAACAGAUCGACUGUAUGAGUGUUUUAUUGAUAAUGAGAGGGUUUUAUUCUUCAUGGUAAUGAUGUUUUUUUUGUUUGUUUUGUUUUGCCAGAGUUUCCUGACAGUGUGCCGAGACGUUUUUCUGGUUGGUUUGGGUGACGAGACUUUCAAAGGUCAAAUCCUCCACCUGUGUUCACUCACACUCCUCUCAGGUGAGUGUUUCAAAAAGAGUGCUUCUUGGAUGAUCGUGUUGUCUCUAAAUGAACGGCCUUUCAGACGGUGUCGCUCCCUUUGUGUUUCCAGAGGCAGGUUAUCUGUGUAUUCCUGCCGUUCUGCCCAUUUUGAAGGAGGUGGCAGAAGGCUACGUACCCGAAGACGAUGACCAGGCUGAGGAAAAUCAGGAGGACCCGACCAGAGUCAUUCUGGGUGUGGUGGCGAACAUUUUUCAGAAGAUUAUUGAGCUCUUAGCUCGCCGCCUCAGGAAGGAACCAGAGGAAGGAAAACAGGUACAGGGAUGUUCAGUCCUUGAAUGUUUGUCUUUUUUUGUUUUUUUUGCUCAUUUUGCCAGUCACUUAGCUUUAACUGUUGUACACCAGCAGAUGGCAGCACAUGAUUUAACGUGUCUGUAUUCCCAAUCUGUCCUUAUUUGACGUGGUGGCGGCAGUAACAGGAAAUAAAACGAAACCAACUUUUACAAACUGAAGUAAAACUAACAAACCUCUGUCAACACUGACAGGAAGUGCUCGUGUACGAGAUCUGAUUAUUCUGAUGUCUGACACUUUGCUCCAUUCACCACUUCUUUUUUUCCAUGCUGGUAUGAAUAUCACCAUCUCGGCGCCAUGACUCAGCUGUGUCAGUCAGCUGUUCCUGGCCUGACAGACUUCCUCCAGGUGGCUCAGAACUGGAACAGAGCGCCUCUCUGCGGAGUCUUUUCCACUCUUUUUGCCGUCAUUGUCGUGGAGAAGAGACAUUUGCUUCAGAAGGUAGGAAGACAAGAUGUUCAUCCUUCUUGGUGUGAUAAGGAACUAAGUACCGGUAAUCACGUCUUUUUAUCUGUGAUGAGUGCUACUCUUUUCUCUUUUUCAAAGAUCACCCAUCCAGAGGAGAUAAUCAUACCAGAGUCAGUGGAGGACAUGCCUCCUCUGUCCAGUGUGCUGCUGUCUGUCAUCCUAAAAUCACCAUCUGUUAUCAGGUAAACACUGUCUGCACACAUUCAUAUACUUCAACCCUAGACAUACCUGUACAUCCCUGCAAUUAAAAACUUCAUUUCUUCUAUUUUAUAAAGAAAAUGAUGUAGCUGUGAUUGACAUAGUCUUUAACAGCCUAUUUUCUUCAUCACUGUGUCUUUCAGGGCAUUUUUGACAGAAGUGAGCUCAUCUUUGGACUCGGAGGCCAUUAGCAGCCUGAGUGAACUUGCUGCUGUCCUCCAUAUUUUGGCGGUCAUUAGACACAGUGAGUAUAAGUGAUAAUUCAGCAUCAGAUUCAGCAGAUUAGUUUUUUUAAUUUUAUCAUAUCUUCCAGAUUAAGUUCCUGAUUAAAUCGAUCACUCUUUGUUGUGUGUAACUGAUUUAUUAGCAGGUCAGUCUAAAGCCAGUUUGAAGAGUGCAGCCACGUCAGUGCAGCGGCAGCUUCACAACCAUGCCGUCACAUCUACAGACAGCGGGGACAUCCAGAGGUGAGUGGAAGGAGGGAAGAUUUCAGAUGUUUUCUUUAGAUAAUCUACGAGUGAAUAAAUGUAUUGAUUUUGACUUCAUGUGCUGCAAUGACUAACGUUUCCAUCCCUCUCUGCCACAGGGUUAUUUAUGAAUCUUCUGUGAAGACCUUGAAUGAAAUCCUGGAUUUAUAGGGCAUCAUUUCUUCUAUGAAGUCUGCCUCACGGCGCUGAGAAAAGCAGUGUUAUAUCUGUUUUGCUUUGCUAUUAUAGACUUCAAGUGGCUGGCUGAAAAAAAAGACUGUUAUAGAUAUUAUGAAUCUGGUGGACGGGAUCAUAAAACAUAUGCUUUGUGUCUGGUUUUGUUUAUUUGUUUUUUUUGGAUUGGCUCAACUCCUUUAAGCUUCUGUCUUUCUGAAAUC